AUUUGACUCCGUCAAAAACAGGCCCAAAAUUAAGGUCCUCUCUCACCCUAGCUAUUUUCUUCUUAUCAAAUACCUAAUCGUCGACCCACCGCCUUCUCUCUCUGACUCUCAACUCAUCGCUUUGCUUCUCCGUCUUUUUCCAGCGAAUUUUCUCUCAGGAUGCCGUCAGCCACAGAGGAACCCUUUAGGCCAAGGGAGAAGCUUUUUGAAAAGCAAAAGUAUUUCCAGAACAUCUCAAAGCACACUUACUUGAAAGGCCCGUUUGAUAAGAUCACUUCUGUUGCUAUCCCAGCUGCCUUUGCAGCAACUUCCCUUUUUCUAAUUGGACGUGGGAUCUAUAACAUGUCUCAUGGCAUCGGAAAGAAAGAAUGAAAAGAAAACUAGCAAAGGGCUCUCUCUUCUUAACUUUUUGCCUUCUAUAAUACAGAAGGAGGCUAUAUGAUUUGUUUGGUUUUGUAUUGUUUCUAGAUUGUGUUUAAUAAUAAAUUACAAUGGUCACAGAUUCCAGACAUGUUUUGACAAACAUGGUUUACUUUUGUUCUUUGAGCCUCAUGGGUCUUUUCCAUAUCAUUUGGGCUUUAUAAUGAAAUCAUUUUCAUUUCAUUGGUA